AUCCUCUCCUCCGCGGCAGAAGAGAGCACAGCAUGACAUGACAGUGGGAGCUCCGCUGCUGUACCCCACGUCGGCUUCUGCAAGAUGCCGCCGGCUGAACAAAUGCUGUGUACCUACACUCAGCCGUACCCGCGAGCCGCCGCGGCCCUUGGGCUUAGUACCCGGGUGGCCGCAACCCUGCAGGAGAUGGCCGCAAAUGUUCUCAUCCGCACGUCUGGGUGGAGCAGCACGUCGAAGACCCCUUUAAAGAGGCAAACCAUGGUUCAGGGAUCGUCAGAAAAUUCUCUCUCGCUCUACGCUCAGCAAGUAUUCAUCUUCUCUUCAUCGACCUCGUCCCCUUUUCCGUCUAGGCUUGUCGUCGUCGUCGCCAUGACUCGUUUGCAGCUCCCAUUGGCCCUAGCCGUCGGCUCCCUCGCAGCCGCAAGCGCUCUCCAAGCCAGCGCAACAGCCACCCUGGCAGACGUCUGCACCGUAGACUACGUACAGUCCAUCCUCCCCGCUGAUGGCUUCGAGCACAACAUUGUAUUUGAUGCCGACUCGGUCACUGCAAAUGCCGUGUAUGACUACAAUGUCACGGCGGGGGACAACUUCCCUGCUGCUACCGAUCGGAACUUCUGUAACGUCACUUUCACUUACACUAGGGAAGGCGGAAAUGCCACAACGGAGCUCAAGUACUGGCUGCCCGCCCCCAAACAGUUCAACAAUCGCUACCUGACCACCGGAGGCUUCGGCUACGCCAUCUCGGGUGACGAAGAGUACCUACCCUCCGGUCUAGUCGUGGGAGCCGUCUCAGGUACUACAAAUGGUGGCAUUGGCGCCUUCGGAGAUGAGCUCACCGCCGUGAUCCUCAAUGCGAACGGCUCUCUCAACUACGAGCACCUCUACGACUUUGCCUACUUGGCCAUCCAUCAGCUCACCCAGAUCGGUAAAGAAGUCACCAAGAACUUCUACAAUGCUUCGAAGAUCUACUCGUACUAUCAGGGAUGCUCCGAGGGUGGACGAGAGGGAUGGUCCCAGGUGCAGAGGUACCAGACGCAAUUCGAUGGUGCGGCCAUCGGGGCCCCUGCCUUCCGACAGGCCUUCCAGCAAGUCAACCACAUCGUCGCUGCCGUCACUGAAAAAGCGCAGAAUUACGCUCCUCCCCCUUGUGAACUGGAGAGGAUCCUCAACGAUACCAUCUCCGCCUGUGAUGGCUUGGAUGGGCGAGUAGACGGAGUCGUCUCCAGGACCGACCUGUGCUAUUACCACUACAAUGCCACCUCGUCCAUUGGCAACAGCUACAACUGUGCUGCCAGCUCUGGUAGUGGUGGGUUUGGCAAGCGUCAAAUGGCCGCCUCUUCUACGCCCGCUCAGAAUGGUACCGUUUCAGCAGAAGCAGCUGAGCUGGUCAACCUCCUCUACAAGGGUCUCCACGACAGCCAAGGUCGCCGUGUCUACCUCGGCUACCAGCCCACAGCUACUUUCACCGAUGCCGAGACUACCUACAACACGACUACCGACGAGUGGGAGGUAUCUAGCUCCGGCAUGGGCGUGAGCAUCGCCGGUCAGUACCUUCAGCGUUUCCUCAAGGAGGUCGAAGCAGACACCAUCAGUCUCGACGGCGUUACCUACGAUACUGUCCGAUCUUGGAUGCUGGAAGGUCUUCGCAAAUUUGACGGGACACUCGAGACGACUUGGCCUGAUCUGACAGAGUACAGGCAGAAUGGUGGAAAGAUCAUCCACUACCACGGUGAGAGCGAUUACUCCAUUCCGGCUGCCUCGAGUGUUCGAUACUACGAGAUGGCCAAAUCUGUCAUGCAUCCUGGUCUCUCGGAUGAGGAGGCAACGGAGAAGUUCAACGAGUUCUACAGACUCUUCCUCGUCCCUGGAGCGGGUCAUUGCGCUCCUUCGACAGACCAGCCUAAUGGACCCUUCCCACAGAGCGUGCUCGAGAGUAUCAUCGCCUGGGUCGAGGACGGGGUGAACCCCAAGCGCCUCAAUGCGACCGUCAUUGAUGGUACCGUAUCGGAUAAAGACCAGAAGAUCUGCAGCUGGCCGCUCAGACCAAAGUGGACCAACAACGGAACGGAAAUGGACUGUGUGAAGUCCGAGGUGGCACUGGAGAAUUUCUACCCUAAGCUGGACUCGAUCCCCGUAGUCGUUUACUGAUCGAUAUCGCGGUGGAGGUGAUCAAGUGAAGAGUAUCUGAGAAGAGGGACUUCAAGGGGGGUGACAUUCCCUCGAGAAGGCGACAAUCGCGGUACGGACGUCGAGGGAGGAAAGUGGGACCCCUCUACCACGAUGCACAGUAGGGCUUAUUUGUUUAUAGGCGAUAGACAUGAUGUAGGUGUGUGUACAUACAAAAGAAGUUCGUCCAAUGAGCGACAAGAAGAC